UUACAAGGUUUUAAUUUGUAUGACAGAAGCAGCGUACUUUAUUCUUAACGGCAGCCCCAAAUCGGCCAUGGCGAUUCGUGCUUUGCAGAGAGGAAUAGGUCUAUUCUUACGCUCUAACUAUUCGCUUACGCCCCAUUUUCGUAAAGAUCCAUCUUGUCAAUUUGUUCCUCAUUUAACUUCCUUCUAUCAAUAUGGAUAUAAUAAAAGAGGAAUUCAGACCCAAAACGAGCCAAUCAAACCUGCUAGUGAAGAUUUGGUAGCCCAGGAUUCUAUGAAUGUGAAGCCCUGCGAUUUGGGAAGUGCUCCUUCCCUAAUAGAAAGUAGCAGUUCUAGCUCUUCAGUAAAAUAUUCAGCAGUAUCUAACUUGAAAACAUCAGCUAGGCAUGACCUCGCCAUGAUAUUCACUUGCAAGGUCUGCGAAACAAGGUCGGUCAAGACAUUUUGCCGGGAUUCAUACGAGAAAGGCGUGGUGGUGGCACGCUGUGGCGGAUGUGAUAAUCUCCACCUGAUUGCUGAUCAUCUUGGGUGGUUUGGAGAACCGGGAAAGGUUGAGGACUUUCUCGCUGCUCGCGGGGAGGAAGUUAGAAAGGGAAGUGUUGAUACAUUGAGUUUGACUCUAGAUGAUUUAGCUGGCAAGAAAUCUUGUAAAGCUGACUGACUAGUGUAGUCAUUAUUUAGAACAAUAUUUAAAGAAAUUUUAUAUAUACACAGAAAAGUUAUUUCUGAAAGGAGGAUUUGCUGCAAGUUAUUUGUUAAACUGAAUUAUGUUUAAUAUGAUUUAUGAAAUAUUACAUAAAUUAAAGUUAAUUUGCACUAA